AUGGAACUAGAAAAUUAUACUCAUGUUUCAGAAUUUUUUCUUCUUGGAUUAUCAAAGGAACCAGAAUUGCAGCCUCUCAUAUUUGGCCUUUUCCUCUCCAUGUACCUGAUCACUGUAUUUGGAAACCUGCUCAUCAUCCUGGCUGUGAGCCUAGACUCCCACCUCCACACACCCAUGUACUUCUUCCUCGCCAACCUGUCCUUUGUAGACAUCUGCUUCACCUCCACCACCAUCCCCAAGAUGCUGCAGAACAUUCAUACACAAAGCAAAGUGAUAACCUACAGAGCGUGCAUCACCCAGAUGUACUUUUUCAUAAUCUUUGCCAUAUUGGACAACUUUCUCCUGGCUGCGAUGGCCUAUGAUCGUUUCGUAGCCAUCUGCCACCCACUACACUACAUGGUCAUCAUGAAUUCACAGCUCUGUGGACUGCUGGUUAUGAUAUCCUGGAUCAUGAGCUCCCUGAAUUCUUUAUUACAAAGUUUAAUGGUACUGAGACUGUCCUUCUGUUCAGUCUUGGAAAUCCCCCACUUUUUCUGUGAGAUCAAUCAGGUGGCCCGACUUGCCUGUUCUGACACCUUUCUUAAUGACAUUGUAUUAUAUUUUGCAAUUGGGCUGCUGGGUGGUGGACCCCUUACUGGGAUUCUUUACUCCUACUCUAAGAUAGUUUCCUCCAUAUGUGGAAUCCCAUCAAUUCAGGGGAAGUAUAAGGCGUUUUCCACCUGUGCCUCUCACCUCUCAGUUGUCUCCUUAUUUUAUUGUACAGGUCUAGGUGUAUACCUUAGCUCUGCUGCUUCCCUCAGCUCACACGCAAGUGCAAUAGCCUCGGUGAUGUACACCGUGGUCACACCCAUGCUAAACCCCUUCAUCUACAGUCUGAGGAACAAAGACAUAAAGAGUGCCCUUAAAAAAAUCAUUGGGAUGGUAGUUAUAUAA